UGUGAACUGCUUCUGGUGAAUUUUUUCAGAGUUUUGAGCUAAAAUAUAGACACACGCGCAUAUACAUAACAGUUAUACAUAAAUAUAGCAUACAGACACACUCACUGAAAAACCACACGGACAUAUUCACUGGAUACACUUCCAUCACAUAGUUCCUGCUAAGAUGCCGCGUGCCAAGGGUUACAAGCGGGCACAAGCCGCCAAGCUUCAAAUGGCAGUGAAGCAGGAAGUGACUCCAAUGCCUCCUGUCCCCGAGUUUGUCGCCCGUCGCGGCACUGGCUUCCGCCACCGCGUGCGAAGGUGGCCGACUUCGGUCCUGACUGGCCGUCAGGUGAAGUUUGUCCCUCCAACUUUCCACCCGGAGAAGAAGACUGUCUUCGUCAUCGGCUGCUCCCACCUGAGAGGGCUAGUGGACAAGGAUGUCGUCUUACCCAAGGUACCUCUCUCUUUUUCUUUUCUGUCUGUUCCAGGUGGAGGUGCAGCUGAUCUGAAGACAGAGGUGGGCCACCUCGAGUUCACGCGGACCCCGGAUGUCGUCUGCGUGCUGGCCCCGAGCAACGACCUGAACCGUGGGCCCCUCUACGCUGGUCAGGAGUUCGGCACGCUCCUGACCAGUGUCCGCAGCCGCUGGCCAAAUGUGUUUGUUUUGGACUUCCCCCCGCGUCUGAACAAGCCCGUGGGGCUGCAGGAUCAGCUGCGUCAGGAGCACCACCGCGUCGCAACACGCAUGGGUCUCCCAUUCGUGGCUGUGGCCAGCAGUUUCCCGCUGGAUCGGUUGGAGCUGUGGUGUUCGGACGGCGUGCACCUCAGCGACACAGGUGGCUCGCCCAUCCUGGUGAAGCUGUUGUGCGACGCUGCGCUCACCCUGUUCGCACCUGACCCCCCUGCGUCUCCUUCCCUGUUCGCACCUGACCCCCCUGCGUCUCCUUCCCUUCGUCGGACGGACGGCCUAGAUCCCCGGACGUGUCCUGGGGUUGGUGAUGAGGGAAAGGUGGCCUGCAUCACUGCAUCUGCUGUUUUUUGGAGGAAGAUGGCAGAGCAGCAGUCGUGGACCCCCAUGCCUCCUGUCCCAGAGUUCGUCACUCGUGGCUUGCCCAUCCUGGCGGAGCCUGCGCCUCCUUCCCCUUGGUGGACCGCGCCACCUGCCCAGGUUCCGGUGACGGAGCCAGCCCCUCUGCCCCAACGCCGCCAGAAUCCCCGGAGGUGGACCACGGUUGGACGAGAGGGCGUCACUCGUGGCUUGCCCAUCCUGGCGGAGCCUGCGCCUCCUUCCCCUUGGUGGACCUCGCCACCUGCCCAGGUUCCGGUGACGGGGCCAGCCCCCCUGCCCCAACGCCGCCAGAAUCCCCGGAGGUGGACCACGGUUGGACGAGAGGGAAAGGCUGGAACACAGCCGGUGCAACAGUCCCUUCCCAUCCCAUCCAACCCUGUGUGGUUCAGCAGUCCUAUGUUGGAUGCCAUGGAGAAGUUUGCUCCUUCCUCUGACUCUGACUGCCCUGCUGUUCCACCACCUAGCCAGACUUCUCCUGGGAGGUGUCGUCGGAGAUGUGUGGCCAACAGGCGCGCCGGACGGAGGGAGCAGGUUGGUGUCCCCAUUUUUUCCCCUUACUCUGCAUUCACACAGCCGGUGAUCAUUGCCGAUGCGCCAGCCCAGUGGGUGUUUAGCUCAUAUGAUUUCAUGUUGGGUGGUUUCUCUGCAUUUGUUCCAACAUGCUACAAUGUUAAUGUUCAAUGACCCUCUUCCCACCAAUUCCCCCGGGAUAUUCAGUUCCGAUUGUCAAAUCACGGCCAUUAGUACAGAGUUGCACUCGUCACUUGUUUGGUGAAUGUAUGGUUAGUGUCAAGAUGAACCAUAUGUAAAAUUUCAGGUGCCAGCGGUUCCUGAAGAUCCAGCGGUCAUCAGGGAGGAGACUGCUGUCCAGGAGGAAGCCCAGGUGCUGCUUCAGGUUUUCAAAGAGAAGGUUGCUUC